AUGGCUUGCCCAACGGAGUGGAGGGGGCAGGGCCUCGAGGCAGCUGCCGCUUCACGCCUGGAGACGCGGGCACUGAGGUGGGCCACUUGGAAGCGCCCGGAGGUCUAUCCAGGCCGCCGGACACCGGGGACGUGCAGCUCGCACCGAAAGGUCGCCCUCUGCCUCUUUGCCACCAUCAGCGCUGCCCGGAGGCCGCGUGCCGCACCGCGGCACUUCGCGGCACGUGCCGCCCUGGGUGGCAGUUUCGACUUCAGGGCCAUUGACGGCAAGGGUUUGGGCGCCCUGGCUACCGCGCCGCUGCGCCGGGGCGACUGCCUGCUGCGCGAGGUCCCGCUCUUGCGUGUGGACACAGGCAGAACAUCGGCCCUUGACGACGAGGUCGCCUGGCAAGCGCUCGACUCACACCUCAGGGAGGAGUUGGCAGCCCUGCCACGCCAAGAGGAGGCAAAGUUCUGGGCGCUGGAGGAUGCCUUUACUGACGGGGAGAAGAUGGCAGCUGGAAUUCUCUACACCAACGCGGUGGAUUGCAACGGGCAAGCGAUGCUGUUUCCGGACAUGUCGAGGCUGAACCACAGCUGCCGCCCCAACGUCGUUCACUCCUGGCAGGACGGUGAAGUGGUAUUGCAUGCAACGAGAUCCAUCCAGCCGGGCGAGGAGCUUUGCCUCUGCUACGUUCCUGCCUUCCUGUCGCAGGAACAGCGGCAGGUACAGCUCACAAGGAGGUGGCGCUUUUCUUGCUGCUGCCCGGUCUGCUCUUCAGAGAACCUGCUCCGGAGUGACGAGCUGCGGCUCCGGCUAGCAGCCCUCGACGCGCAGCUGUCUGCGAAGAUGCGGCGUUGGCAGUCGCGAGACUUCAACGCUCAGGAGGCCGAAUCGGCGGAGUCCGAGCUGCUCUCUCAGGUUUCCGAAAUGACCGAGCUCAUAUGCGAGGAGUUUGGUCCUCACCCAGCACUCCUUUGCCAGUUGUUCUACGACGCCUUUGUUCUGCUCCUGCUGCUGGGAAGGGCUCGCAACUCGGGACGCAUGAUUCGGCUUGCCCUGGAGGAGUCCCAGGCGCGCGAGGCUGUGGAGGUGGCCAGCGCGGCCGCACUUAGCGCCAGCCAGCGUCUUCUGCAGAGCAGGCUCCAGGACGUCCGCCGCCAUCGACACUGCGAUGCAACUCAGACAGCCGCCCCAGCAGCACAGUGGGAGUCCAACUCCCCCGCUGAGGGGCCGUUGCCCGGAGACACUGUCUACAGAAGCAGCGUGCCUGAGGUCCUGGAGAACGCCUCGGCGCAUCACCAGCACGGAAGGCUGGGCCUCCUUCCCGACGGCCGCUGCUGCCGUUUCAAGCCCAAGCCGCUGCCCAGACGGCAGCUGACGCGGGAGGAGAUGGUCGAGUCGCAUCGGGGAUUUUGCUUCAGCAGCUGGUGGCUGGAUGCUGAAAUAAGGGUUUAG